AUGAAAACAAUAAUACUCUUAUUGUUGUUUAAAAUUAUAUAUGCCAAUGAUAAGAGUAAAGCAAUAAAGUAUUUAAGUGAUUAUGGAUAUUUAGAUAUUACAAAUGUUAAUGAUAAUACUCAUGUUAGUGAUGAUACAUUUAGAGAAGCAUUAAUGUUAUUUCAGUUAACAUAUAAUCUUGAAAUAAGUGGUGAAUUAAGUGAUGAUACUUUAAAUUUUAUGAACAUGCCUAGAUGUGGUGUAAAAGAUGAAUUUGCAUUUAAAAUAUGGCAAGAUAAAAUAGAUAUUCAGUUUAAACAUGAUAGCAAUAAUCCUGAUAUCUUAAUUACAAAUAAAAGACAUAAACAUAAAUUUGAAAUUGAUAAAGCUAUCCAUUGUUCAAAGGAUUUAGAUGGUAAAGGUAAUGUUUUAGGUCAUGCAUUUUUUCCAGAUAUUAAUAAUAAUCCUGUAGAAAUACAUAUGGAUGAUGAUGAAAUAUGGUAUUUAGAGAUGAAUACUAAUACACCAAAAGGACAAACAAAUCUAUUUGAAGUAUUAAUACAUGAGAUUGGUCAUUCAUUAGGUCUACGUCACUCAGAUGAUUAUGGUUCAAUAAUGUAUGCAUACUAUAAUGGAUCGCAUUUAGAAUUAUCUCAAGAUGAUAUUGAUGCUAUUCAAAGUUUAUAUGGUAAACAAUCAACACAACCAACACAAUUACCAAUUAAACCAAUUUCACCACCUAUACAAUCAGAACCUAUAUCAUUAUGUCAAACUAAACAUAUUGAUCACAUAUUAAUAAUGAAUGGGAUUUUAUAUGUUUUUUAUCAGAAAUGGGCGUGGAUAAUUCAAAAUACAAUACCACAAUCACAAUUAAUAACUGAUUGGUUAACAUUUUUACCAAAUGAAGUAAACCGUAUAGAUGGUUUAGGCAAUAAUUUCAAAUUAAAUGGCAUAGUGAACACUUAUUCUGGUAGAACAUUUAUUUUCUUUAAUGACUUUUUCUAUGCUGAAAUAGAUGAAUGUAAUUUUAAAUAUAAAGUACGUGGUAUUAUAAGUAGAGAAUAUUCUGGAUUACCAACUGGUAUAAAUUCAGUAUUUAGGUACAUUAAUGGUAUGUUGUACUUUUUUAGAGAUGAUGCCUUUUAUGAAUAUAAUGAAUUCACCAAAAAAGUAGUAAAGUAUGGUAUAUUUGAUUUAUCACUAUUUGGUAUAGAUUGUAUUAAAUCAUCUUCGUUAAUAUCAGAACUAAUAAUUGUACCAAACAAUACAAUCCAACAAUUAAAACAUUUUUCUUCUAUAUAA